AUAAAAUAGAAAGUGGAAGGAAGAAGUAACAUUCAAGAAGAAGAUGAUAAUGAUAAUUGAAAUAGCCGCGUAAAUUAAUAAACUCGCACACUAAGCAAUCUCAAUCUCAUAUAUAUAUGAUAUAAAGUUUUGAUCUUUAUACAAAAUUAAUCAUCUGAAUUUUCCAACUCCUCCAUUAAAAUGGCUUCAUCUUUCCAAAGAUUCGAUUCUCAAUCAUCAUCAUACACUCCUUCCGCUCCUCCUGUCCCCGACGACUCACAAAGUUACAAUUCUACCCCUCAUCCUCCUUCUUCUUCAUCUUCUUAUCCCCAAUUUCAUGCCCAUCAACCCAAUUCUCUCCCCAACGAAUCACAAAAUUACUACAAUUCUACCCCUCAUCCUCCUUCUUCUUCUUAUCCCCAAUUCCAUGCCCAUCAACCCAAUUCUUCAUACGGCUAUAAUUCAUAUGGGAAAUUCCCACAAGGGACGAGUCCUGAUGUGAUUAGGAGCUUUGAAUUAGUGGAUAGAGAUCGAAGUGGAUUCAUCGAUGAAAAUGAGUUGCAGCAAGCACUUUCUUCUGGGUACCAAAGGUUUAGCCUUAGAACGAUUCGUUUGCUCAUGUUUCUCUUCAAGAAUACCCAUGAUUCUCUCAGAAUUGGUCCAAAAGAGUUUUCAUCAAUGUGGACUUGUCUUGGUCAAUGGCGCGGCAUAUUUCAGCAAUACGAUAGAGAUAGAAGUGGGAAAAUUGAUCUGACGGAGCUAAGAGACGCUCUUUUUGGUUUAGGCUACGCAGUCCCGGCUUCUGUUCUUCAACUUCUGAUUUCCAAGUAUAACAAUGGAAGUGGACGAAGAGUUGAGCUUGAUUUUGAUAGUUUCGUCGAAUGUGGAAUGAUUGUCAAGGGUCUGACCGAAAAAUUUAAAGAGAAGGAUAAGCAGUAUUCUGGAUCGGCAACUCUUAAUUACGACGAGUUCAUGUGCAUGAUCAUUCCAUUUCUUGUGUCAUAUUGAGUUGAAUCUGUGUGAUCCUUUGUAAAAUUACUUUCAUGAAAUUCUUUUUACGAGUUUUUGAGUUUUGGCUUUGGGCUUGUAAUGUAAUGUACAUUUGUUAGAUUUUCUCUUGUUUUCUCUAUUGUAACGUACAUUUGCGCUUUUUUUU